AAUAUAAUUCUAAUUAAUGAUAAUAUAAAAUAUGUUACUUCUAAAAUUAUACACUAUUUAUUCCAUUUUUUGAAUGAAAAUAUCUUCGUAAACACACAAAAUAUUUUGUGACGUUGCAAUUAUACAUACACACAAUAUCUACCUCUUCAUACUGACGUUACUGUGUUCCCUCUCGUGAGGUACAGACCGAGAGGGAACAUAGGGUGCGGGCUGGUCAUGUUUUUAUGUCCGCGUAGGAUGCGGACCGGUCACCUAGUUCAUAAUAAAAACGUUUCUAUUGUUAACGUAAGGAAUUUAGCAUCUGAUUUCAAUAAAAAAUAACAACAGUUUGUUAAUUAUUUUCUCGUUGGCACUGAUUAGAAUUUAAAUUUAGAGCCAUGCUCCAUAUCUAAUAACCUUGAGAGUAUCGACUUUGUGAUUCGAUGCGGUUAGCGUUUGGCUCUUCCUGCUAUUGCCGCGCAGCGAAGAAUCUGCUGUUCAGAGUCACAGCUCGAGCUUUAUCAGGAACCACACAGAAGAAUCCUAAUAAUCUCUUCUCUCUUCUACAUCAAUCCCCAAACGUUAACCAUCUCCGCCAUCUCCACGCUCAUCUUCUCCGCACCUCCAACUACUCCAACGUAGUCCUCAGCUCCAAGCUCGUCCUCGCUUACUCCAAGCUUAACCAUCUCUUCCCUACCUCGCUCGCUGUCUUCUGGCACAUGCCACAUCGCAACAUCUUCUCAUGGAAUAUAAUCAUCGGUGAGUUCUCCAGAUCAGGCUUUCCCUCGCAAUCAAUCGAUUUGUUUCUUCGUAUGUGGGGUGAGUCCAGCGUCAGACCCGAUGAUUUCACGCUUCCUCUCGUCCUACGAGCUUGCUCUGCCUCUCGGGAGGCGAGGCUCGGUGUUCAUGUGCUGAGUUUGAAAUUAGGAUUCGGCGUGAGUUUGUUUGUUAGUUCCGCGUUAGUGAUAAUGUAUGUUGAUAUUGGUGAAAUUUUAUAUGCGCGUAAGUUGUUCGAUGAAAUGCUUGUGAGAGACUCUGUUCUCUACACGGCUAUGUUUGGCGGUUAUGUUCAGGAAGGAGAAGCUGUCUUGGGUUUGGCUCUGUUCAGAGAAAUGAUGUGUUAUGGGUUUUCGCUAGACUCGGUGGUAAUGGUGAGUUUAGUAACGGCUUGUGGACAGCUUGGGACGUUGAAACACGGGAAGAGCGUACAUGGGUGGUGUAUCAGGAGAUGCCCUUGCUUGGGUUUGAAUCUCGGCAAUGCUGUUGUCGAUAUGUAUGUGAAGUGCUCAAAGCUAGUUUAUGCGCAUAGAGUUUUCGUUGAGAUGCCGACCCGAGACGUGAUCUCUUGGAGCUCUCUUGUUUUGGGUUAUGGGUUGGACGGGGACGUUGUCAUGUCGGUUAAACUGUUUGACGAGAUGCUCGAGGAAGGAAUCGAGCCCAAUGCUGUUACUUUUCUUGGUGUCUUAUCAGCAUGUGCACACGGUGGCCUUGUGGACAAGUCUUGGCUGUAUUUCAGACAGAUGCACGAGUAUAAGAUAGUUCCCGAGUUGAAACACUAUGCUAGUAUGGCGGAUUGUAUGGCUAGAGCAGGUCUUUUGGAGGAAGCAGAGAAGUUUAUGGAAGAAAUGCCCGUGGAAGCUGAUGAGGCUGUUAUGGGUGCGGUGUUGAGUGGGUGCAAGGUGUAUGGGAAUGUACAAGUAGGGGAAAGAGUGGCAAAGAAGCUGAUCCAACUUAAGCCAGGGAAAGCUGGGUACUAUGUGACGUUGGCUGGUCUAUAUACAGCUGCAGGUCGGUUUGACGAAGCUGAGAGCCUGAGGCAGUGGAUGAAGGAUAAGCAGAUUUCUAAGGUUCCCGGAUGUAGCUCAAUAUAAAGAUGGAUACAUUGUUUCCUGGGAUUUUUAUGUGAAAGAUCACCAGAAGCGCCGUUAUACAAAACUGCAUUUGUGUUUAUGCAGAUUGGUAUGAUCCAACCGUCAAGUUGGUGAAACUAUAACUAGACUUUUGAUGAGGAACUGAAAUCAAGGAGAAAAAUAUUGACAAGCUCAUUAAAAAACUCUAGACAUUUGCACAAAAAUAAAGCAAGGUAAACAGUGGCAGAGCUAGGAUAAUUUUUUAAGGACACUGUAAUUACAUUAAAUUGUUUAUUAUCAAAUAAAUUAUUAAUUUUUAAAUUACUUGAAUUAUCUAAUAAUAUUUCAAAUCUUCUACAAUGAAUAUUUAGUUAUUUUAACUUUUUUUUUGUCGUCAACUAUUACAGACUCAUACUGACUCUGUAAACCAAAUCAGUUGAUCUGCAUCUAUGUGAACGACAAAAGACGGUUGUUUCCUAGCACUGCGUGCUAGUCUAUCUGCCAUUAUAUUUUGCGUCUUUGGUACAUAGAUGAUCUCUGAUCUGGUGAAGCUCUCUUUUAGGGUCUUGACAUCCUCCAAGUAAUUUGCAAAAGCUGGAUAUUAUAAAACCAAAGUAGUAGUACAUCAAGCAAGAGAUUGCUAAAGUUAGAAGAAGUUUCUUUUUAAAAUUAAAAAAAAUUAUCAUUAGUAUAACUAGAAAACAAUGCUCAAAUCAGUUUUUACAGUCAGCAUCUGUUUUUACACAAGAAAUUGUCGGGUUUAAGAUUGAUUUUUAGGCUAGGUUUAUUAGAAAACCAGUAAUUCAACAUUCUUAUAUAUAUACAGCAAUAAUUAUAUUUAAGUGAGAGCACUAUAACUGCAACUUAAUAUCAAAGUUAAAACUAAAGAGGUUUGCUGAUAUAUGCUGAGUUAAUUUUGAUUUUGAGAACAAAAAAGGUUAAUUAAAAAUUAUUCAGCAGAGUUCUAGUUGUCAAAAAAUAAUAAUUGAGUGAAUAUACAUAAUAUAGUUCAAUAAUAUAAAAAUUCCAAUAAUAAUUGAGUGAAUAUACAUAAUUAACGAACUAAAGUUGAAUAUUUUACCAUCAAAAAUUUCAACUGAAAGAGGUCAUGAAAAAUAAAUAAGAGCAAUUACCGAAUAAUGAUUCUCAUAUGAUAUAAAAAAUCAUUAAAAGAAAAAAGAUAUAAAGAAAAUACUUAAUUAAAACAUAUAAAACUAGAGAAACACAACUGAGAAAUCGUUGAGUGUGUAGAAAUGAAACCAUAUCUAAUACUAGAACUUACAAUAUAAACAAUUAGACUUUCAAAUCAAAAACAUUGUGCUGUAUAACUAACUGACAUCCCACAGUGCAGAAAAACCACUAGAAACAUAAAUAUUUUGUGAUUAUUUAUUACUUUCAUUAUAGUCAAUUUUUUAAAUAUAUACUAUAUAUAAAUAAAUAAAUUUUAAAAUCAUAUUCUAAGAAAUAAUCAAUAACAUUUAUUUAGAAAAUUGUAGUUGUUUAUUUAGAUAAUAUGGUUUACCUAAUCUACAAAUAUAGUAGCAUAUGAAGAAUCAAUAAUGUAUAUUUUUAUCACAGUAAUUUGACUAUUUUCCCACAUUUACUAAAUAAGCAAUUACUAGGUGAUAAUCCACGCCAUACGCGGAGUUAAGAGACUUAUAGUUUAUCACUUUAAAUAUAUAGGUAUUAGAAAAAUAAAAAUCAUAGAAAGAAAUAUUACAUUUUAUAUGAUAAAAGGAUUUCACGAAAUUGUGUAUGUUUAUAUAAAUUAAGCUUCGAUUUAUUUUUUAACCUUGUCUAUUUGUUUUUUUAAUUUGAAGUAUAGGUCCUGAAAGUGAAUUUCUAGGAGUAAGAAAGCUUAUAUAAAAUAAAUUAUGAAGUAAAGUUAAACAAAACAUUGGCAAUAGAAUUAUUGUUUUCAUAAAUAAAUUAUAAAUAUAAAAUAAAACAUAGGAUAAGCAAUAGAGUAAUAAAAUAUGAAAGAAACAAAAUAUAAGAAACUAAUAUGGUGAGGAUGUAUUGAUUAGGUUUGCCAUGAGUGUUUGCUUGCAAGAAUGUUUGCCGUAAGGAUGUAUUGAGAAAGAGAAUAUGGUGAAAAAAAUGUAAAUAGAAAGCUUUGUAUAUAUAUAUAUACAAAAAGGUGUGGCGCUAGGGUAAAUAAUGAUAACUAAUCUCCAUCUUUAUUUGCGUAUUGAAAAUUAAUAUUGACUGUCCAUCACUUGCCAUGUUCAUAAUUCAAAUUCACGUCGGAUUCGAUGGACUAUUAGUCUAUUAUAAAAACAAUUACAUAUAUUGGUCAACGCAAAUAAAUUAAAGCUCAAUCAAUGUCGAUGAAUAAACGCAUGUAUGAUUCGGUUUCGACUGUAAUUUUCCAUUAAAAAACGUAUAAUAUUAAUGAGUACGUUUAAAAUAGGAAUUAGUGUUAUAUUUAGCUCGAAACAUUCCUAAUUCGACAUUAAUUUUCUAUUACCAAAAUCAAUUAUGUUAAUGAGUACGUUUAAAACAGGGAUCUGUGUCAUCAUUCCUAAUUUUGAAUAUUGUGAAGAUCAUUCGUUGUGUUUCAAAAAAAAAUGAAGAUCAUUCAUUUGCCCACAAGUAAUGCUAAUUGACAAUGUAUAAUCGAUUUUUGGAAUGUUCAUGGCGCGGAAAUAAAUGAUAUAAUUGCAGAGCGUUUGGAAGGCAUUCUUGAUAGGGUUCAAGAGGAAAUGACAUUAUUAUGAAGUGCAUUGUAUUUUAUACCAUUUUGGGAAAAUUGUAUCUAGCGUAAUUUAAACACCCGACGUACAGUGGACAACUUAAAAUUACCUGCAUAAAACAAAUAUUGGACCAUGAGAACUAUAUGAACUUUAAAAUUUGCUCUGAUUCAUACACAUUAUAUACGGGUCCUCCUCUUUAUAACUUUUGAAGAUGUAUUAUUCAGUAUUUCAUAUUUAACGGUGUAAAUAUUAUAUAUUAAGUUUAAAUAAAAUCUUCUGAGCAAAAUAUAUUAAUUUGAAUAAAAUCCUCUUAACAUAUAUGGUUUUUUCAAUAUUAAAGUAAAAAAUAGAAUUUUUUAUUCAAAUAUCAUAGAAAACACAUUUUCGUGUGUAAAGAUGUGGUUUAAGUAAAAUCUUCUCAGCAAAACAUAUUAAUUUGAAUAAAAUCUUCUUAAGAUGUAUGGUUUUUUCAAUAUUAAAGUAAAAACCAUAUGUGUGAUUCAAAUAUCAUAGAAAACAUAUUUUCGAUUCUAAACAUUAUAUAAUAAGUUUUAAAAAAAUCUACUUAACAUAUAUGGUUUUUAAUAUGAUAUCUUGCAUAUUUACAUUGUUUUAUCCAUUCAUCCAUGAGCAUUUUUAUCAUAUAGAUUAGGAUUUAGCCAUGUCUAGGUUGCAUUUUGCAUUCAUUGUCCUUAUUAGGUGCUGGAGUGUGCCAUGGAGUGAUUUGAGAUGUUUGGGAGCAUUAUGAUCCAAAAGGGGGUGAAAGAUGAGCAUGGAUGGAGCCUUUAGAGAAAUCUUCUGUUGCUAAGAUUUUGUGGAGACACAGAAAAUUGAGUUAGCUUUCUAAUGGAAGUGGUUUCAAGUCAUUUGGAGAUGUAAUGAAGGAGUUAUGAUCAAUUUACUAGAGGCAUAUCCAUCCUGGUCGAGUAUCGCAGAGUGACCUUCCAGAGCGACACCAUAAGGUAGCUCCCAACCCAGAGCGACCUUCCAGAGCUACACCCCUACGUCACUCGCCUUUUAAUCAUUUUGGAGGCCAAAACAUAGGCCUGGAGGGACCUUCCAGAGCGACACCAUAAGGUAGCUCCCACCAGAGCUACGUCUCGGAGCUACACCACGAAGUCCCUCCGCGUGUUUUGCUUGGACGAAACUUAUGAUUUUUCAGGGACCUUUUGGUCAUUUGUUUUGAUGUUUUACACUUUCUAAACCUAAGUUAAGUACUUUGUAAGCCAUGGGAGGCAAGGAUAAUCUCUUUUCUAGAGAAGAACUAGUAAAAAACCUCUUUUGAUUCA